AUUUUUCUACACGGAUAAAAGUGUAUUUUAGAGAGUCAUGUAUUAUGUGAAAAGUAAUAAAGUUGAGAAACAAUAUUUCAAUUUUAAAACUUAAACUGGUGCACUUUUUACAACCGUGCGUUGUAAAGGAUUCUGAUUUUUGGUAAUGCUUAAAGAAUCAAAAAAAAGGCUAUAGUAACAUGAAACCGCCUUCUGAUACUUUUAUUUGUCCUAGAAAAAGUAUUUCGUUUUGCCCACGUAAGCUGGACAGUAAUACACAAAUCAAAACCAUUUAUCCUCAACAGUUUAAAAUUUACAAUGUGUGCAGUCCAGUUUUGCAACCCAAAGAAAUAAAAUUGCUUCAGAAAUUAUUAAAGUCCAGAGCCGUGUACGAUGACACUAGGAAUCAAGUUUGUGAAAGUCUGACUAGUAUUAAUGGUAAAUGUGUGAAGAAUCUGUCACCAUGUGAAGCUCAAAAAAUUAAAGCUAUAGUCCAGUUUAUUAACAAUGUAGACAAAGGCUCUGCCAUGCUACCCAUAAAGGAUCGUAAACAAACUUGUUGCAAUGAAAAAACAUCAUGCACACGGCCUUGCUCACGAGAGAGGUCCGUUCGGUCACAGGAGCCGUGCGCGGAGGUCACUCCCGAAAAGCCACGCAAACAGACAAAUGUAUUUAUAAAGCGAGUGGUCAAAAAAUGUUGUAAUAGAACUACGUGCGUGCAAGUUCAAGCAAUAGAAAGUAUUGACGACGAUAGUCGUAGCGCUAAAGGUAAAAGCUCCUGUGAUACUAAGGACAUAAUGAAAUGUUUUCCCCUUGAAAAAGACCUGUUAAAUAGUUUGCCCAAAGAAUGUCGUAAUUUUGUGAAAAGCUGUACGAAGCUAGAUUGUACGAAAGGUAAUGAUUUAAAAAUGCCAUAUAUUGCAAGAUGUUGUAUCAAGAAAAAACUUUGUGAUGAAAAACCACUCGUCCAAGUGAAGAGUAGCAAAAAUAUUGGAUGUCAAAAGGAGAUCACCUGCAGGAAGGCAUCUCAAGCUAAAAUAUCUCUGUUUAAAAAAGGAACGCAUACCGAUCCUUUUCCAAAAGGAGGUUGUUGUGCUAAAGUUAAAGCCAAAUUGAAACCGAAGCCUUGCAUGAGUACUCGCUCUUUGAAUUCAAUUAUAAAUAGUACAGAAAAAAUAUGUGGGAAACAGUGUCCAAGAAAAGCUAUUUUAAAGAAAUGCGAUGUAUGUAAAUGUAAUAAAAAAACUCAAACCAAAAAAGUGGCAAAGAAAGAUGUAAAACAAAACGCAAAAGGAAAAAACGCUAAGAAAAAUGCGAGUUGUAUAAAAUUGAAUGUCGAAGAUAAUAAAAAAGAUAAUACAAGUGCGAUUGUGUGUGUUAAGAUGUUCAAAGAUGAGAGGAAUCCAAAUUGUAGUCCACCGAAAAGCGAAACCUUUAGACUUGAUACAUAUCUUGAUAAAUCGCGCCCAGCGUGUCCUACAGCUGUUUAUAAAUGCCGAAAAAAUAACACCAAACCGAAAUGUCGCUCACAAUCCUGUAAUACUCUCGAAGAAAAUCAAUAUACGUGCGUACCAACAAAAAUGAAGAAACACAAAAAAGGAAAGUGUCCUGGAGAAAAAUGUGGAACGUGUCCAGGGAAACAUAAACACGAGUGUCCAGCAAAAGAAAAAUGUGAGAAGAGGUGUUGUACAGCUAAAAAACAUGAGACCUGUCCAGCAAAACCACCGAAAUGCCAAGUCGUUCGAAUUGGUUCUAAUUUUAGUUUCCACAUAGAAUUUUAUAAAAAUAGAACGAAAGAACGACGGCCGACAAAAUGCAAUAAAAAAAGCUGCAAGAACAAAGGGUCCUUCACUAAAUGUGAGCCACCGUUAUGUAAAGCACAUAAGUUUAAAUCUGUUGCCACUACAACUAAACCGAUGUGUUGUUCAGUAUGUUACUGCAUAAAAAAAAAUCCCCAGAAGAGUAAACCCAAACCGCCCAAACCAGCCGCCCCAAGUUUUAACCCGACCUCUUGUUCAGUAUGUUAUUGUAUAAAACCUGGGAAACGUAAACCUAAAUCUAGCUGCUUGAAACCGACUUGCUGCUCAGUGACGGCCUACAAACCAUCAUUAGCUACAUCUGAAUCUGCCUAG